AUGAAUAACUCAUUCUGUUUCUUAGCCAAAUCCUUCAUACUUUCCCUCUUAGUAUGGAGUAAUUGUGAAUACCCCAAUUCGAAUAACUUUCCUGAUGCAAGGAAUAGCAAGAUCAGCAGGAACAAUGCAUCGAGUGUACGAAGCAUGAGAUUAUUAAAGGGAGAGGGGAACACACAGAUGGAUAUUAGUUAUUCAUCAUUAAAGGACGACAUGAUGGCAAUAAUCGGUGACCAAGAUGGUAGUGUCGGAAAGGCAGUAAAACAAUUAUUGGACAAUCACCGAUUUAUGAAAGAAAGUAAUAAUAUACUGACUGAUGAGCAAUUUCAAAGACAAGUUUCUUCCUUAACAGAAGGUGGCAAACAUAAGCAGAAUGCAGACUCCUCACCCAAUACUGGAAAGUAUGCAUCAAAUAAAUACAGUAGCAGGAAGAAUGACAAUUAUUCAUAUGAUUACGAUUAUGAUGAUCAGGGCGAACAAUGUGAAGAAGAAAAACAAAAACAACAAAAACAGUAUGAUGCCAAAUAUCGCGACAGUUUUAGACGUGGCGAUGAUAGGGACAAGCGCAAACAUCGCGAUGAUCGAAAUUAUUGCGAAUACUCUCAACGCCGCAACGGGCAUGAGCAGCGUAAUGGUAUAUACCCUGAGGAUCCUGACAAUCAUAAAUAUCGUGAUGAUCGGGAUGGUCGCGAUGAUCGCAGACAUCCACAGGAACGAGAAAAAUGUAAGCAGCGUCCUGAAGAUAGAUACCAUGAGGAUCGCGUCAGCCGCAAAUAUCGAGAUGAUUGGGAUGAUCCGGAUGAUUCGGAUGAUUCUAGAUAUCCACAGGAGCGUGAUAAAUGUAAGCAGCGUCCUGAAGAUAGAUACCAUGAGGAUCGCGUCAGCCGCAAAUAUCGAGAUGAUUGGGGUGAUCCGGAUGAUUCGGAUGAUUCCAGAUAUCCACAGGAGCGUGACAGAUGUAAGCAGCGUGCUGAUGAUCCACAGGAGCGUGACAGAUGUAAGCAGCGUGCUGAUGAUAGAUACGAUGAGGAUCGCGACAGCCGCAAAUAUCGAGAUGAUUGGGGUGAUCGGGAUGAUCCCGACAACCGCAAACAUCAUGAUGAUAGAUAUCCUGAGGACCGCGAGGAUCGUAAAUAUCCUCAAGGCCAAGACGGUCUUAAACAGCUUGAUGAUGAUAGAUACGCUCAGGGCCCAGACGAUAGUAAAUAUCAAUAUGAUCGAAGUGGUCAAAAGAAUAAAAAAUAUCGUGAUGAAGAUGAUGAUUAUAGUGAUUAUAGUGAUAAUCCAGAUGACAGCUAUAGGAGACCUUCAAAUUAUAAACAGCCUGCAUUCGAUAAUAAAGGAGAUAGAUCACCAAGAAAAUAUCCUGCGAAGGGUUAUCCCCCCAAAGCAUCGAAUGAUAAAUACGGAAAUGUUAAAAGAGCUGGAAAACCAGAUGGUUCAAUGUAUGAAGAAGACGAUGGAAAAAAAUCAUACAAUACAUUAAACGACCAUCCACAUCAUUCAAAAGGAUACGAUUCAAGAAGAUAUUAUGGCGACGGCGAUUAUGAUGCUGACGAUGAUUCUGAUUAUGAUGAUGAUUCUGAUUAUGAUGAUGAUGUUGAACGAUAUUAUGAGACAAAAUAUGUUGACCCCUACAAUAAAAAAUCUGGACAAUCCCCAUCCGGUCUACAACCUACACCACCCGGGAAAUCCCCAUCUGGUCUACAGCCUACACCACCUGGACAAUCCCCAUCUGGUCCUCAAGGUAAACCAUCUCCUAUUGGAUCAAAGAAAGAGGGUACUACUCAACAGAAACCUAAAGGAAAAGUAGCUAGAUUCUUUAAUGGAAUUAAAAAUUUUGUAAAAAACUCAGACGCAAUGUAUGAAACAGAAAUGCUAAACAUCAUGAUACUUUCUUCUCAAAGCAAAAAGGAAGGUGGAGCAAAACUUGGAUUCAUAGACAGAAUUUCUAACAUAAUAACAACCCUUUCUCCAGUUCUAGUGAUGAUUCUAAUUUUCGUAUUAUUUUCCAUUAUAACGCACGAUAUCGGUAUGAUCGUAUCUGCUGUAUUCGGUGCUUUAGCAUCCAUAUACGUUUACUAUAAAUAUAGGAAAUGCAAACGUAUGUUCAAAGUUUACAGUAAAACGAACGAUCUUAAGAAAUUUUUAGAACAGGGACCACCUAAACAAGUUACCUAUCAACCGGAACCUCGAAGAAGUAAAUGA